GCGCGGGGGGUCACAUCCGGGUCUCCGCCCUGCCCUGGCGGCGUCGGGGGGUGCACACAGGUGUGAUGGCAGGCGGGUGUGUACCCCCCACCUGAAAACACAGGAGUGCAGGUGUUGAUCGCAUGCCCUCAAGAUGUUAUGAAAUGGUUGUGAGGAGAAACGUGCAGACUGAAUGCACCCUGGCAGCGCCUUUCCCAAAUGGCAAAUUGUGUCCAGGCCGACACAAUUUCACGCUGUAAUUAUUUUGUGAUGUCAGAGAGAUGCUAACAAAGUCGAAAGCAGUGAUUGAUCCGGCACAGCAUUGUGUGAGCAUUGGACUCCUGUCAAUAAGAGGCCCUCAUCAGAUCGUAGAAAGAAGCCAACAGUAGAAAUCUGCCUCCUGUGGCUAACUUUUCAGGAACAACCUUAACAACAGACCAGUUAUGAUCUACUUUCAUAAGUGAGCUGCAUUGGCUUUUUGGAGUGAACAUACAAUAAUGAGUGGUGCAGCUUUGGGCAUUGAGAUAGUAUUUGUUUUUUUUCUGGCUUUAUUCCUGCUUCAUCGAUAUGGAGACUUUAAGAAACAGCAUAGGCUUGUAAUUAUAGCAACAUUGUUGGCUUGGUAUCUCUGCUUUCUGAUUGUGUUUAUAUUGCCUCUGGAUGUUAGUACGACCAUAUAUAAUCGGUGCAAACUUGCUGUUAACUCCAGCCCUCCAGAAAGUAACAGCAAUGGAACUUAUACUACCCCUGCUCCAAGAUUUCAUUUUCCCAGAGCCGGACGAAGGGACUUUGAUCCCAAAAGCUUGCAGAAAAGGACAGUUUUCUUGCCCUUUUCCAGCUGGUCUAAUAAAAGGAAACAGAAGUGUUUCAAGCCAUGGAGUUACAUCCCUGAUGGAAUUAUGCCAAUCUUCUGGCGUGUAGUAUAUUGGACAUCACAGUUCUUAACAUGGAUUUUGUUACCUUUCAUGCAGUCGUAUGCAAGGUCAGGAGGAUUCUCCAUUACUGGGAAGAUUAAAACUGCAUUGAUAGAGAAUGCGAUCUAUUAUGGCACAUACUUGCUGAUUUUUGGAGCCUUUUUGAUAUAUGUGGCUGUAAACCCACAUUUCAAUUUGCAAUGGAACCAGCUUCAGACCAUUGGAAUAGCAGCUGCCAACACAUGGGGUCUUUUCCUCCUUGUGUUGUUGUUGGGGUAUGGCUUGGUGGAAAUUCCCCGUUCACACUGGAAUGGAGCAAAAAGGGGCUACCUUCUCAUGAAGACCUAUUUCAAGGCUGCCAAACUGAUGACUGAAAAAGCAGAUGCAGAGGAGAACUUGGAGGAUGUUAUGGAGGAAGUCCGUAAAGUAAAUGAGAGUAUCAAGUAUAAUCAUCCUUUGAGAAAAUGUAUUGAUACAAUAUUGAAAAAGUGUCCUACUGAGUAUCAGGAAAGAAUGGGCAGGAACAUGGAUGACUAUGAAGACUUUGAUGAAAAGCAGAACAGUUAUCCGAGUGAGAAAAGUCUGGUCAAACUUCACAAACAGGUGAUUUAUUCAGUUCAGAGGCACCGUCGUACACAAGUCCAGUGGCAAAUUCUUUUAGAACAAGCAUUCUAUCUAGAGGAUGUGGCAAAAAAUGAAACCAGUGCAACUCGUCAGUUUGUACAUACUUUUCAAUCCCAAGAACCUGAAAACAGAAUUGUGCAAUACUUCUACACGCCGACUGUUGAGUGGUACUGGGAGUGUCUCCUGCGACCAUGGUUUUGCAGGAUUCUUGCCAUUGUGUUGGCUGCUUUCUCUAUAAUUGUUGUAUGGUCAGAGUGCACAUUUUUCAGCACUAGGCCUGUUUUGUCCCUGUUUGCAGUGUUUAUACAACUGGCAGAAAGAACAUACAACUAUAUUUAUAUAGAGAUGGCUUGCUUCCUUACCAUCUUCUUCUUAAGUAUCUGUGUUUACUCUACUGUCUUCCGGAUCCGUGUGUUUAAUUAUUAUUACUUAGCUUCCCACCAUCAAACGGAUGCAUACAGUCUCCUUUUCAGUGGCAUGUUAUUUUGCCGUCUUACUCCACCACUGUGUCUGAAUUUCUUGGGUUUGACUCACAUGGAUUCAUCAAUCUCUCACCAAAACACUCAAGUAACUGCAUAUACAUCGAUAAUGGGCUCUAUGCGAGUGUUAUCCUUCAUUGCAGAUGGAUUUUAUAUAUACUAUCCCAUGCUGGUUGUCAUUCUCUGUAUUGCCACUUAUUUCAGUUUAGGAACUCGCUGUCUGAAUCUUCUGGGAUUCCAGCAGUUCAUGGGAGACAGUGAAAUGACUUCUGACCUAAUUGAUGAAGGAAAAGAAUUAAUCAGAAGAGAGAAAAGAAAACGGCAACGGCAAGAAGAAGGAGAAAACAGAAGAAGGGAAUGGAAAGAACGAUAUGGAAAUAGAGAAGAUUCUACCAGAAACAGAAAUGUUCACACAGAUCAAAAAGAAUCUAGUUUCUCAGAGCCCAGCACAAAUAGACCACUGUCUAAAUACACCAGGUCAAAUGGCAAGACUGAGAGAGAUAGAAUAGAACUUCUCCAAGAUGCAGAACCUUUGGAUUUUAAUGCAGAUACUAUUACUGAUGAUCCUCUUGAAUCAGACUCAGGAAGGUAUCAGCCUGGUGGAAGGUAUUUGUCAAUGUCACGAAGUAGAAUAUUUGAUGACGUCUAAAUCCAACAGUGCUUCAGAAAACUUAUUGGAAAUAUGUCUCUCAUUCAUUAUUUGAAAAAUACUGUAAUUGUAACAUAUCUCUGAACCAAAAAUGCCCUCUCCUUUCAAAAAAUAAAAAAGGAAGAAUGAAGGAACAAACAAACAUUUUAAAAUCCACCUUGACUAACUUUACCAGUCUACAAUGAACAAGAAUAUGUUUCUCCUGUUAACAGGUAUUACACAUCUGUGUGCUAGGUUGUUUUUCUCCCCUGUCAUGACUAGGAUGACAGAAAUCAAUUUCCCUUAAGUGAUAGAAUAGACCACAUUUUAUAUGUACAGAUAGGGCUCAAUUUACAUUUUUAUCUCAAAUUUUACUGCUGAUUUUUCCUUUCUUGAAAUAAGGAAUUGAUAAGAUACUCUGAGAGAAAUCUAAUGCAUCCUAAGUGCAGUUAUAUCAAUUACUGUAGUAAAUACUAGCAGCUUUCUGUUAGAACUUUAAGCUUCAUCCAAGGUCCACUGAAAUCAAUGAGAAGUCCGCUAUUGACUUCAGUGUCCUUUGAAUUAGGCCUUUUAUGAGUACGAGAGAUUGAACGGUAAUUUUGUACAAAACACAGUGGCAUAAGAUGUGAAGGGGCUUGCACAUCAGUCAUAGAACUUAGACAUUUUUUUUCCUCUUUCAACACUACCUGCAGAUGGCAUCGGCGUAUGUAAAUAAUUCAGAUUCAAUAUAGACAGGUACUUUCAUUAUCACUGUCAUAUAAGCAUGUGUGCAAUAGC